AUUGGAAAAUACGUCUUAAGCCAUAUAAAGCCCAUCCUGGCACAGUGGCAGUGUCCAGGUAUGGGUUGACUUGUUAUGUGGGUGAUAAAUGAGGUCUCAAUAAGAAUCUGUAAUCCAGGAUUUGUCAGGUAAGCCCCAAUGGGGAAUAAUGAAAGGAGAAAUGUGGUCAAGAAGAGAUCUGGUCAUUAAUCAUGGCUGUCCAUUAGUGGUGUUUCUUUCUUAAAGGUCCUUCUUUUUCUUUUGAUUCCAUACACAUUUGCUCUAAUGAGAUUAAGUGUGAGCUGUUCUUUAGAUAUGUAUGGUUAUGUUAAUAUGAGGGUUGUAUGACCUUAAGGAUUAUCCAUUUUUUCAUUUAAAAAACACUCUAAAAUACACGAGUGGUAUAACAAUGGCAAAAGUUUUUUUUCAAUGUCCAUACAUAUAAAAAAUGGAAAGUAUGGUGAGGUAUAUUCAAGGCAAAGGCAGAUGCCAAUUUAUAUCACUCUUUGGUAUUACUUGACCACAGACGACCCAUCGUACCUGUGCCUAACACUACCAGUAAAGUCAUCCAUUUGGCAUCCAGGUCAUAUUGUUGGUCAUUUACCUGAAAAUUAUUUUCUUAGUUUUUUCUUUGAAUUCUCAUUGUAGAUGUAACGGUACCUGUCAUUUCUGCAAACAAUUUCAGGAGGUGGUUAUAUGAUUACCAUUUAAAUUCCAAUUAAAAUUGGAUUUAUAAGAAGUUGUCUGUAAGUAAGUCUCUUGCUGUGAGCUGUUUUAAAAUUCUUCAUAACCAUUACAGUAGCAAGAGUAAUUCAGGAAAUUGUUUAUUAAAAGAAUGCCGGAAUUGUAGUAUGUGUCAUCCUUAGCAUAAUACUUUAACAUGCUUUAUCAUAGGCCCAUUUACACACAAAACUUGGUGCAAAUUGAAGCAAACCAAAUGGUACACUUCAUGCUCUGACAAGGAAGUGCUGUAGGCAGUGACUACAAGUGACUAUUUUCCUUAUUAUUUUUAAACCCCUGUAAAUCAAAUUCACAAGAACUCUUUUUUGCAUUAUUGAACUACACAAACUAAAGACUUAAUUUUUUUAACAUUUCAGUUGUUCUACCGAAAUUGCACUGAGUGCAUGUAAACCACACGUGUAAAUCUGGCAUACUUAUAUAUAUCUUGAUUUAAUUGCUGCCAUGCUUAGGCGAUCCAAGACAUUAUCUCAUGGGGAUGCUUUCAAGUGUUACAAUUUAUGUUGAAUUAAUUGCCAGUGUUAUAAACCAGACUUAAUAAACGUUCUCCGCCUUGCCCCGCUAUGAUCCCUGUCACACCCCUGCACUAAUAGGUGGAAUACAGGCAAACAGACUUCCAGCUGUCCUGUUUCAAAAUUGAAGCUCCAAUUGUGCUGUCUGGCAAAGAUUUCACUUUUUUCUCAGUUGUCUGGCUGCCUGAUAUUGGACCUCAAUUGUUCGGAGUUUUCUUCAUUAAAGGGAACGGCAAACCAAGGGGGUUGAUUACACUAGAUAGUGAAAGAAAGUAACAAAGAUUUGCCCAGAUACUUUUGAGCUGCUAAGUAAAACAAAAUUUUGAGACUGAUGAAAAGUUGUGACGACUUCUGACUCCAGCAGACACCAGUGUUGUGACAGCACAGACAGCAAGAUGGCAGUUCACAGACACAUCCUUGUAUUUAUAUGCUUAGCUGUGGCCAAACAUGUCUACAGCCAAGGUGAAGAUGGAAUGGAUCCAAUUCCAACAGAGGGCACUCUGCCACCAGGAUAUCCUUUACCUUCCGCCUCAAUCCCUGACACAAGCCAGCAGAACAACUCAACUGAUGCUGCUGCUGUGAGCUCAACUAACACUUCUGAGACAGAGACCUCAUUGCAGCCGGAUGUGACAACUGUCACAACUAGCACAAUUUACAGUAAUUCUACAGCUGAUGCACCAACAAGUUCAGGAACUACUGAGUCUACAGCAGGCACUGAUUCAGAUGGACAACAAGGACAAACAACUUCAGGGGAGGUGUUUGUGUACCCCACUACUCCUGGGGAUGAUGUGACUGUUGUUGUUGAGGUUUCUAAUUCAACUGAAUCUGCCUCUGACAGCAAUAGUACUACAAAUACCACUUCUGUGUCUGGAGGUAAUAUAACUGCAGAGGUACCCUCACAAGAAGAAAAUGUGACUAUUGUGGCCACCACCAUAUUAGUAUCUGCCACAGAUUCUUCCAUUUCUACUAUAGAAAACACUACAGAAAUAAAUUAUACUGAUACAGAAUCCACCACUGCUCCAUCUUCAGAGAGGGAAUCUACAGCAUUCUAUGCCACAGAGCCAGAAUCCACAACCACAACUCCUGUUACAGAGGCAGAAUCAACAACCAUACCCCCUCCCACAGAGGCAGAAUCAACAACCAUACCCCCUCCCACAGAGGCAGAAUCAACAACCACACCCCCUCCCACAGAGGCAGAAUCAACAACCACACCCCCUCCCACAGAGGCAGAAUCUACUACCAUACCCCCUGUCACAGAGACAGAAUCCAUUAGCACACCUCCUGUCACAGAGGUAGAAUCUGCAACCACACCCCCUGUCACAGAGACAGAAUCCAUUAGCACACCUCCUGUCACAGAGGUAGAAUCUGGAACCACACCCCCUGUCACAGAGACAGAAUCUACAACCACACCUCCUGUCACAGAGGUAGAAUCCACAACCUCACCCUCUGUCAUAGUUGAAUCCACAACCACACUACCUGUCACAGAGACCGAAUCCACAUCAGAGGUGCCUUUCACAGAAUCAACAAUUGGAGCUGCAGUUACCAUUUUUGAAAGGUCCCAAUUAAAUAUCACAACAGUGGAAACCACCAUCACAAGCAGUUAUAAUCCUGUUACUCCAGGAGAAAAUGAUACUGUUGUUGUCAGUGUUGAACCAGCAGUUACAACUAGUGAACCAAUCUCUCAAGUAAAUGUGACUGAGGAAACUGUAGACACUACAACAACUACUGGUAUGACACCAAGGGAAGAAAAUGUUACAUCAGUUCAUACAACUACCACAAGUGAUUUUAUUGCUCCUGUUACCCCUGCAGAAAAUAAUACUGUAAUUGUCAGUGUUGAACCAGUAGUAACUAGUGAAUCCACCUCUCAGGUGAAUGUGACUGCAGAAGUAGUAGAAGGUACAACAAGUACUGUGACAACACCAAUGGCAGAAAAUGUUACAACUGUUGAAACAACUACCACAAGUGAUUUCAUUGUUCCUGUUACCCCUGGAGAAAAUGAUACAGUCGCUGUCAGUGUGGAACCAGCAAUUACAACUAGUGAACCAACCUCUCAAGUGAAUGUGACUGCAGAAGUUGUAGAAAGUACAACAUCUACUGUAACAACACCAAUGACGGAAAACAUUACAACUGUUGAGACAACCACAAGUGAUUUUAUUGUUCCUGUUACAUCUGGAUAUAAUGAUACUGUAAUUGUCAGUGUUGAACCAGCUGUAACAACUAGUGAACCAAUCUCUCAAGUGAAUGUGACUGAGAAAACUGUAGAAAGUACAACAUAUACUGGUAUGACACCAAGGGCAGAAAAUGUUACAUCAGUUCAUACAACUACCACAAGUGAUUUUAUUGUUCCUGUUACUCCUGGAGAAAAUGAUACUUUUGCUGUCAGUGUGGAACCAGCAGUUACAACCAGUGAAUCCACUUCUCAAGUGAAUAUGACUGCAGAAGUUGUAGAAAGUACAACAAGUACAACAGCAAUGGCAGAAAAUCUUACAACUGUUGAAACAACUACCACAAGUGAUUUUAUUGUUCCUGUUACCCCUGGAGAAAACGAUACUGUUGCUGUCAGUGUGGAACCAGCAAUUACAACUAGUGAACCAACCUCUCAAGAGAAUGUGACUGUGGAAGUUGUAGAAAGUACAACAUCUACUGUUACAACACCAGUGACAGAAAAUGCUACAACAGUUGAAACAACCACCUCAAGUGAUUUUAUUGUUCCUGUUACCCCUGGAGAAAAUUAUACUGUUGCUGUCAGUGUUGAACCAGCAAUUACUACUAGUGAAUCCACCUCUCAGGUGAAUGUGACUGCAGAAAUUAUAGAAAGUACAACAAGUACAACAGCAAUGGCAGAAAAUCUUACAACUGUUGAAACAACUACCACAAGUGAUUUUAUUGUUCCUGUUACCCCUGGAGAGAAUGACACUAUUGCUGUCAGUGUUGAACCAGCAGUUACAACUAGUGAACCUGAUGGUCAAGUCAACGUUACUGUCAACUAUACUACAGAAGUUGUAGAAACUUCACCACAUACUGUAACAACACCUGAAGAAAGCACAACAACAGAACCAGUAAUUGUGUACAAUGUUACAUCACCAGAAGCUUCAACUAGUGACCCUGUCACUGAAGCAAAUGCUACAACACCAGUGGCAGAAAAUGUCACAGAUGGAGCAAUAGAAAGAACCACAAUAAGUGAAUUUGUAACUCCAAUUACACCAGAAGAAAAUGACACUGUUGUCGUCACCAUUGCACCUGAUGUGACAACUAUGGAGCCAGAGGUCACAUCUUUGGAACCUAAUGCCACCACGGGUGACAAUGCAACUGCAAAACCCAGUAUCAUCCCUGCCGUCACAACCACAGAGCCUAAUGUCACCACUGCUGUGACAGAUACCACUGAAACAGUGUCUCCUACAACCACUGCUGAAUAUGAACCUCCCAUUACUCCAGGAGAAAAUGAAACUGUUGCUGUAAGCAUUUUCCCAGACUCAACAACAACUAUGACAGCACCAAGUGCAAAUGUGACUGAAAAUGUUACUAUGUCAACUGAUUCUGUGACCCAACCAUCUGCUGUUAAUGUAACCUCUCCUCAAACAACAACACCAGUCAUAGUUACAAGCCCUGAAAUAGAGACAACAACGACAUCAACAAUAACAACUACAGUGACCACCACAAUGACCACCAUGAUGACAACCUCUCAAGCUUACGAACCAGAUGUUGAUGAGACCUUUUUUGUGAUGAAAUUUGAUGUAGACUGCAUCAUUGUGAAAGGUGAUCCAGAUAUUGAAAAGCACUUUCAGAAUGAACUCAAGGAUAAGUUGAUUGAAGAAUUAAGCCUUCCUGAAGAAGAAGUUACCAUGAGAGGCACUGAAUGUGGCUCUAUUCUAGCCACAUUCUCCAUUGCUAAUGUAAGUGAGACUUCACCCAAAGUGCAAGUGUUGAAGAGCCUGGUUGAUAUUGGUGAGAUAACUAUCAGUUUGAAUACAACCAUCAAUGGCACCAUGAAUCUGACAGCAUCUGCACUUGAGAUUGUGGCACCACCCUCCAUGACAACAAUGGCACCUAAUAAUGUCAGCAUGACAACAGGAACCCCUCCUCCAGAGAAUGCAACAACUGAUAUGACAACAGAUUUUUACAGUGUAACUACAGACAAUGUUACAAGUAUAGAAACAACAACUUCCGAUGAUUUUGCUGCUCCUGUUACCCCUGGAGAAAAUGCUACUGUCAUUGUAAGCAUUGCUCCUGAUGUUACAACCAGUGAACCCGUUUCUUUUAAUGAAACAAUGAACUAUACAACAGCAACCAUAGAAACAACUAUCCUACCUGGCGAAAAUGAUACUGUUACUGCUAGCAUUGCUCCAGAAGUUACAACUAGUGAACCUGUUUCCUUUAAUGAAACAAUGAACUUUACAACAGCAGCCACAGAAGCAACUACAACAAGUGAUUUUCUUCCUCCUGUUACCCCUGGAGAAAAUGAUACUGUCAUUGUUACCAUUGUGCCAGAAGUUACAACUAGUGAACCAAUUCCUUUUAAUGAAACGAUGAAUUAUACCACAGCUGUUGUAGAAGCAACUACAACAAGUGAUUUUGUUCCUCCUGUUACCCCUGAAGAAAAUGCUACUGUCAUUGUUAGCCUUGCCCCAGAAGCUACAACUAUAAAUGUAAAUGAUACUGUGAACUAUACAGAGACAACCCCAAUGAUAGAAGCAACAACAAUAGCAUACAAUGUUACAACCUCGAUGGCAGAAAACUUUACAACUUCAGACACUACAAUAGUAACAUAUAUUGGUACAACUCCUCAGGCAGAAAAUGUUACAGCCACGACUGAUUACUAUGACACAACAGUUACAGAGUACAGUGCCACAACAACUCCAGAGGCAGAGAAUAUUACUAUGGCAGAAACAACAACAGUGGGAUACAAUGUUACAACAGACAUUACUGAAACUACAACAGCUGGGUCUGUCAUUGAAACAACAACAGCAGUAGACAACACAACUGUAACAGAAACAACAACUAGGAUAUACAAUCUUACAACCCUUGUUUUUACCAGUGUUACAGACACCACAACCAAACCAAUAACAACUGCCAAGCCAGAGAAACCUCCAAAGGAAAAUACGUAUGUUCUUACAUUUGAUGUUGAUUGCAGUGUGAUUAAAGGAGAUGCAGAUGUUAAGCGAGAAUUCCUGAAUUCACUCAAAGCUACAUUGGCAUCUUUACUUGGAAUACCUGAAGACAGCUUCACCAUGAAUGAACCAACUUGUGGCUCUCUAGUUGUCAGUCUUACAAUUGCUAACACCACAGGGACGAAUGUCACACAGAUGAUGCAAGAACUGAUUGACAAUAAUCAGUUGUCUGUAAAUGUGACCACAGCAAAUGGUACCUUGACAUUAACAGCAUCAGACCUAGAAGUCAUUACUCCACCACCUGAGACAACAACUGCAGCCACAACUGUGACAACAACAACAGAAACAACAACAGUAACAACAACCAGGCCUAUCAUCGAAGGCAAUGUGACAACUGCUACACCCGAGACAACAGUAGAACCAUCCAAUCAAACAACUGUCCCAAUGACAACAUCAAUGUCAACAACAUCUUUAGCACCUGUUGUAGAACCUGACACCACUUAUCGCAUUACAUAUGAGGGAAACUGUGAGGAUGUGAUCAACGACAUGGGCAAUCAGAUGAUGUUUAAUACAUUUUUUCAAUCGAAAAUCAUGGUAGUGCUCAAUGUGGACCUGAACAGAGUAACAGUGGAAAAGUUUUCAUGUGGGUCCUUACUUGUGGAUUUUACCAUAUACAACACUACAGGCACCAACAUUACUGAGCAGCUACAGGAGGCAUUAAUUUAUGGCCAGUUGGACAUUUCUAUAGAUUGGUUGGCCAAUUAUACUGCUACUGAUCUGAUUAUCAUCAUGCCACCCCAAGUAACUACUACUUCUCCAACAACAACUGAAGCAGAAAAUGUUACCACUAUGGCACCAGUGGCUACAACUGAUCUCGAGAAUGUUACUGCUGCAUUGGAGAAUGCAACAACAUUGACACCACUGUUCACAACUGAGGCAGAUAAUGUAAAUGUCACCACCGAAGUAGAAAAUGUCACCACCACAACCCCAUUGUCUACUGAUGCAGGUAAUUUUACAACCAUGGAGAUGACAACACCUUCUACAACAAAGUCAAUGGACAAAAAAGAAGACGUAACAUUUAUUAUGACUUUUGAUGUGGACUGUUCAGCUGUGUCUGAUCCUGCAGAUAAAUUGGAAUUCUUCACAGCUCUGAAGGCCAUCCUUGCCGAACUGCUUGGCAUACCAGAAGAUUCCAUAAGCAGUAAUGACAUUAGAUGUGGUUCUAUUGUUGUGGACUUCACUAUUGCCAAUACAACAGGACUCAACAUAACAGAGAGGCUGAAUGCUCUAGUAAAUGCGGGAUCAUUGAGUUUUAAUGUGACUCUUCAAAAUGGAACCAUAGAGUUUACAGCUGCAACUGUUGAAGAAAGCAUUUCAGUGACCACAACAGAGGCAACACCAAUGACAACCACUGUGGCAGAGAAUGUCACUUACCCUGCAGAGAAUGCAACUACAACAAUAUCUCCAUUUUCAACAACUGAGGCAGAUAAUGUUUCAAUGGCAGAAAAUGUCACAACAGCAACACCAUUUUUAACAACUGAGGCAGAAAACGUCACAACAGCUAUACCAUUUUCAACAACUGAGGCAGAUAAUGUAACAGUGGCAGAAAAUAUCACAGCAGCAACACCAUUUUCAACAACUGAGGCAGAUAAUGUAACAGUGAUGGAAAAUAUCACCACAGCAACACCAUUUACAACAACUGUGGCCGAUAAUGUAACAGAAGAAGCCAAUAUGACCACACCUGAGUCAUUUCCAACUAUUACGCCCACAAUGGCCACCCAGGAGAACACAACAUACACUCUUGAAUUUGAUGGCGAUUGCAGUACACUGAAAUCUGAACCAGGUUUAGAGCAAGAAUUUUUAGACCAACUGUAUGAAAUUCUUGUCAUGAGGCUUGGCAUUUCCGCUGAUCAAGUGGGCAUGUUAGAUUUGAAGUGUGGUUCUGUACUGGUAGACUUCACAAUCACAGGUGCAGGCAGUUCCAAUGUGACACAGUCUCUACUGGCACUAGUUGAGGAGGGACUAAGUAUUGCAGUGAACACUACACAAAAUGGAACGGUUUACUUUGUGGCACAGGCAUUGUACACUGUAAGACCUACACCUGAAGUCUUGACAACAACAUUGCCAACCACUGGAAUGACAACAGAAUAUGACAAUGUCACUACAACUGAAAAUGGUACCAUGGUGACAAAUAUUACUACCCCAGUCAUGGUUACUGAUAGUGACAAUGUGACCACUCCUGUACCUACAGGAGUGACUGAAGUAGACAAUAUUACAACCACUACAUUGGCACCCCAAGAGAAUGCCACUACUUCUAGUGAAAAUGUCACUGAUGUGAUUUAUGUUACAACAACAGCCCCAGACGAUGUAACUGAGUCACAAAAUGUAACCGUAGAGGCCAACAUGACCACCACUCUGCCAACAGCAGCUGUGACAACAGAGUUAGGCAAUAUCACAACGACAGUUGCAAACUUAACUACAACCAUGUCAACACCUUUUGUUACUGAAACAGACAAUGUUACCACCCUUGAAAAUGUAACAACAACAACAACACCCAUGAGUGAUAACAUCACUACAAUAGCACCAACACCAGAGUAUACAAAUGCAACAACUGAACUGACAACAUCAGUGACAACACCUGUUGUCAUGACAACAGAGCAAACAAAUGUUAGUGCAGACGAGACAUUUGUCAUGACAUUCGAUGUGGACUGUUCAGUUGUGUCUAAUCCUGCAGAUAAAUUGGAAUUCUUCAGGGCUCUAAAGGCCAUCCUUGCUCAAUUGCUUGGCAUACCAGAAGACUCGGUGAGCAGUAAUGACAUUAGAUGUGGGUCUAUUGUUGUGGACUUUACCAUUGCCAAUACAACAGGACUGAACAUCACAGAAAGGCUGAACGUUCUCGUUGCCAGUGGUGCAUUGACCUUUAAUGUCACACUGCAGAAUGGUACCACUGUUGAGUUUACAGCUGCUGAUGUUGUGGAAUCUGGUGUUUAUACAUCACCAACACCAACAGUAGAAACAACUAUGAAAAUAACCACAACAGCAGAAAUAACAACCUCUAGUUCAACCACAGAGACAACUCCUAGCACAACUACAGAGACAACAACAGAAACAACAACUACAGAAACAACAACAACAGAAACAACAACAACAGAGACAACAACUCCAAGCACAACUACAGAAACAACAACAGAAACCACAACAACAGAGACAACAACUCCAAGCACAACUACAGAAACAACAACAGAAACCACAACAACAGAGAUAACAACUCCAAGUACUACUACAGAAACCACAACUGCUGAAACCACAACUACAUCACCUUCAACCACAACACCAGUUACAACUCCUGAAGAAACCACUGCCUCACCAACCCCAACUAGCACGACAGAAGAAACCUUGCCAGUAACAACAGCAGCUGCAGUACCUUCCACAACCACAGAAGCAACUGCACAAAACACAACAGUCAUCAUCAAAUUUGAUAAAGAUUGCAAGUUACUUAAGAAUGAAGCUGAUAAAGAAAUAUUCAAGCAGUCUCUACGAGAAAAGCUCUCAACACUGCUGAAUAUUUCAUCUGAGAAAAUUGUGAUGAAUGCCGUUACAUGUGGGUCUGUGCUUGCAAAUGUCACUUUUGUUGACAGCAAUGAAACUGUGGUGUUGGGACAACUGCAGAGUAUUGUGAGGAACAAGGAACUAGUUGUAGAUAUGGAUGCCAAGGGCCAGUUUACUGCUGUUGAUGUUUCAACAGAUGGAGUUUUUGCAACAACACCACCAAAAGUGCCACCCACUCCUGCUGGCAGCACCUCAGAUUUGAGCCAGACAGAUUUAGUCAUUAUUAUUGUAGUAGUAAUUGUAGUAGCAGUAAUAUUAAUUGCAGUUGUGGUGCUCGUUUUGUGGUGGUGCUGUAGACGAAGUCACCACAAGACAUUCAGGCUCACAGAGACUCCAGAUUAUAAGGUCGAGGAGUACACCCUAGCUCCCAUGUCCAGAGACUAUGGUGUGUAUACAGAGAAUGGGACUAAUAAUGUAUAUCCUGUGGCAGCCUCAAAUGUUGGCAGCAGCUCCAUAGGCAGUAAUGGCAGCCAUAAAACAAAUGAUAAUAAAGCAGGAUACAAUGCAUAUUCACCACCUUCAUAUCAAGCAAAGACAAACUCUACAGCUUCAGUAAAAUCUGACCAAUCGGAUCAUGGGUCAUUCAAUCCAAGAGCUGACCAUUCUGACCACGGGUCAAGACCUAGUUCAGGAUUGGGCCAGGAAAUAGAUCAGGGCAGUCCUAAAGCAGACCAUGACCCAGAGUUAGGGCAAAGACAAGUGCAUACUUAUGAUGAGGAUGAUAUUAAUGGCGGAAUAGUAAAUCCAAGCUAUUCCCAUGACACUAGUGACAACCAUUCUUCAAAUUAUAGAGAUGAUAAUAACAUUCAUAAACAAAGUGACACUGUAGCGCAGGUAUCAGAAGUACACUUAGACAUUCAGAAUGAGUGAAAUGCUAAUGCAGCCAAUAAGGCAAAAGGAGUGCAGCCAUUUCAUUGAAUUUUAAUUUACGUACAUAUAUAAGUUAAAGAUAUAAAAUGGAAACCACCUUCAUAUAACAUUAAAAAAAUCUAGUGAUGAAUGACUGAAGCCUGCAAUUUAUGAAGAUGGCAUAUAUAUCACUAUGAAUGCAGGCCGAUACUUUUCUGCAUUCUUGCCAGUACACACAAGUGUGGAAAGACUAAGGAAAUAUAGAAGACUAUAUCUUUAAGUAAAAUAGGAUGAUAUCAACAGGCAAGUUAUUGCAAGGAAUCAUUGUGUUCAGGAACAGUGUAUUAAACUCAGCCUGAAGUAGCAGUGCACAGGUGACAGGAUUUAAAGAGAUUUUUACAUAUAAUGCAACAUGACAUGGUAUGAGGCAUGAUGCAAUGACUGAUGAACAAAUACACAGUUUUAGGUCUGUGAAAGAAAAAAAAAGAAGAGCCUGAAUUAUUUUAGUCUGAUUAUAUUCCAUUAUAAUGGUUCUAAAAAAGUUUCUAUGUUAAGCACACUUGUUAUUUGCAAUAUUCCAAGAACACUCGUGUGCUCAUUGUAUUCCUUAGGAAGACUUAUUACUAGACACAUUUUUUUUAAUGUAUGUUAACGUAAAAUAUGGAUAUAGAAGUAUAUACCUGCAUAUAUAGAUAUAUAGAUAGUUAUAUAAAUAUACAAUACAUCAAGGGACCAAUUUUGAGGCAUAAUCUAUUUAAAUUUUGUGGCGAUUCAUACUGUAUUGCCAACAGCUAGUAAAUGAUAGAAAGGCAACACAAUUUUUACCCCUGUAGGUUUUUAUUUAAAAUUGCAAUUGCUUUAAGAAAUGUUUUAUUAUUUUCUUUUAAUAUUGCAUUUAAA